AUGGCGCCCCGCAAGCAGCGAGCGAACUCCCCCGAGUUCCCCAUCUUAGAAACCAACGGCUUGUAUGCCAGCAAGAUCAGGGGUGAUGGCAACUGCCUGUUCAAUGCUUUGUCUGAUCAGCUCUAUGGCCACCAAGAGUUCCACGAAGUCCUGCGCACCGCUACUAUCGAGCAUAUGCGGGAUAACUCGGAAUUCUACCGUCAAUACAUGGCUGUGAACAACCUGCGAAGAAACCCUAAACGCACCACCACAACUGCUCAGACGACACGCAUCGACACCACAUACUAUACAGAAGAACAGCUACAGCAGCAGUUCGACGAGCAUGUCGAGAAGAUGGGUCAGCCUGGCGAAUGGGCGGAUAACAUGGAGGUCUCUGCGUUUGCUUCUGCCCUCAACGUGCAUGUUCGCCUCUGGCAGGCUGACUACACCUACGUGUUCUCACCACGACUAUACUACUCGCAGAAUGAUGACCUAAGUGCCGAGGACGAUAGGAAGACACUACACAUCGCCUACCACACCUGGGAACACUACUCUUCGGUGCGCAACAAUACAGGACCUCACGAGGGCGAGCCCCAAAUAAAGUUCAAUGCAGAAGGCCUCUCCAAGAAACGCCCAAGUCCAAGCGUAGAUGGCGAGCACGACGACCAAGCUUCGCGGACAAGGAAACGUCGUUCACCCCUACAUCUCUUUGACUCUGAUUCAACACCCGAAGGCAGCGAGAGCUCGUCUGAUGAAUCAAGUGGCGUCAUGUCCAGCUUCCAGCAAUCACAACUCGACCUUCCACCACCAGAGCAAAGAGUGCGAGCUCCAAAGUUGACACUCAAGCUUCGAUGCUUGCGUACGACCGACCCCACACCUUCGCCCGUCGAAACUCGCUCCUCUACACCAGCUCCUCUCACUCCUGCAUCCACGGGUACGACACCUGCGCCUCAGCAAAUACCCACCAAUACUCUGACACGAGCUCCCUCCGUGCCACCCACAGCGGCUAAGACACCCCUGUCUACACAACUGGCCACGCCACCCACCUCGACUCCGGCCUCGGAAACGGCCGUGAGCACACCUACAGCAACGUCAUAG